AUGGGGAAUAUAGUUGGAAAUGCUGUAUCAUCAGUCACAUCAGCUACUAUACCUCCAUUGGCUAGAAUUAUUCUCCCCCUUUUAAUUACAUUAGCGUUUGAUAAUCCAAAAACUACGACCAAUUUUAAAUCGAAGUAUGAUUACAUCGUAGUCUCCAUAGUUGGGGCAGGAGCAGCAGGUUCGGUGAUAGCUGCUCGGCUUUCUGAAGAUCGUUGUGUAUCAGUACUACUUCUUGAAGCCGGUCCAAAAGCCAUUCCACUAACAGAAGGACCGGCCCUUCAAUUUCUCUCUCAAAACAGCCGGCAUGACUGGGGAUACAAAACUGUUCCACAAAAGAGGGGAGCCCUAUAUCUACUUAAUCGACAAAUGGUAACUCCAAGAGGCAAAGGAUUAGGUGGGUCAACUUUGUUGAAUUAUAUGCUGUAUGUGAGAGGUAACCGCCGUGAUUACGAUGGUUGGGCAAAACAGGGUGCGACUGGAUGGUCCUGGAAAGAUGUCUAUCCAUACUUUCUUAAAUCUGAAGGCAACACAGAUCCAAAAAUCGUUGCAGAAGGUUACCACAACACAAGUGGACCCUUGACUAUUCAAAGUGCCCAGUGGAGCACUCCAUUGAUGGAAGCAUGGAAAAAGGCAGCUGCUGAACGUGGAUAUGAGUAUAGAGACAUUAAUGGAGAAAAGCAAACCGUUCUUUUCAAUGAAGGAUUUCAUAAACUACAAGGAUUUACGAGAAAUGGUCGAAGAUGCAGCGCAUCCAAAGCGUUUCUAGUACCUGCGCAAGAUCGUCCAAAUUUAGACAUUGUUACUGAUGCUUUAGUCACAAAGAUAUUAAUAGACAAAAAUAAGAAUGCAUACGGAGUGAAAUUUCAAAAAGAUGGUAAAGAUCAUGAAGUUCAUAUUAACAAAGAAGUUAUUGUGAGCGGAGGAAGCAUUAAUUCUCCUCAACUUUUGAUGCUUUCAGGAAUCGGUCCCAGGAAACACCUCGAAGCAAAAGGGGUGAGUCUGUUUCAACAAUUUUAUUUUUACUUCAUUUGUCAGAUACCAGUAAUUGAAGAUUUACCUGUAGGAGACAAUUUACAAGAUCAUGUAGGUAGUAUAUUCUUACAUUUUAAAGCAACAGGAUCAAAAGAUACAAUUCAACAAAUUCUUAGUAGACCACUUUGUAAUCUGGUUGAUUACAAUUUAAGAGGAACAGAAAUUACAGGGCCUUUUGCAAGCCUCAACGGUGUAGAAGGUCAAGCUUGGGUUAAUUCUAAAUUCAAUGAUCCUUCUCUUGAUUGGCCUGAUUUAGAGAUUCAAUUAGAUGCUUUCUCACCCACGUCUGAUGCAGGAUUGCUAUCCGGCCAUUUGUUGGGUAUUCCGCAAAAAGUGAUCAAUCAGGUCUACCUUCCAUAUCUGGGAAAGCAUACUUUCACGAUGUUCUCAUGCUUCCUGAGACCUUUCAGCAGAGGAACUGUAAGGCUUGCUACAGCAAAUCCUAAUGAUCAUAUUCUCAUAGAUCCUAACACUUUCGCAAACGCAAGUGACAUUGACCGAGUACAGGCAGUACUGCAAGAAAAUGUGGAUAUUGUAACCAAAACAAAGGCUUUCAAAGAAAUUGGUGCAAAAUUAUUUGAAACGAAAUUUCCUGGAUGCGAACAAUUUGUAGCAAACAGUACGUAUUAUUCUCCGGAGUACUUAAGAUGCAUUGCUGUGGGUUACACAUUCAAUUUUUACCAUCCAGUUGGUACAUGCAAAAUGGGAAGUGCCGAUGACAAAACUACAGUUGUCGAUCCAAAGUUAAAGGUAAAAGGAAUAAGGAAUUUACGAGUGGCAGACGGAUCCAUCAUUCCGAAUCAGGUAUCUGGAAAUACUGAAGCACCGAUCAUCAUGAUUGGAGAAAAAUGCUCUGAUAUGAUCAAAGCUGACAAUCCUGAUCGGAAUAAUUGCUAACUAAGUGG